CCCAUAGAGGCUCACCACUGAGGUCUGUCAUCCGUGGCCACAGUGGCUACUCUGUGCCAACUCCAAGUCACCUUUGCUCCAACUCUGCAGCUGGCUGGCCCCAGCCUGCCCAGGACACCCUCCCACUUGGCCCAGCAGGAUCCAGGAACUGGUCCCCAUUGGGCAAUCAUUAAUCGGAUUUUUGACAUUCCUGGGCCCGGGUCAGCCUGAGAAGCAUGUUCCCUAGAGGAGCAGAGGCCCAGGACUGGCAUUUGGACAUGCAGCUGACGGGCAAGGUAGUGCUGUCUGCCGUUGUGCUGCUCCUGGUGUCAGCAGCCUACGGACUAUACAAGUCCAGGCCUGCCCGGGCACCGCAGAAGGGUGGGAACCCCAAGGCCAAAGCUGAGAAGGAAACAGAGGGCUCAGGGCAGCCUGCUGUCCAAAGUGCUUCUCCAGCAACACUCCAGAGGCGGCCGAGACGUCAGAGGGCCAGCCACGGGGCUGGAGCACCAGUGGGCUGCAGCUCAGGGGACCCAGGAGGCCCCUGUGUCCUGGCCCCAGGAGCCUCUUGCAGACACAGGAAGCCCCCAGGUGAAGGCGGGCAGUGCUCAGGCUCCGAGCAGGUGCCUCCGUGCUGCUGUGGACAGGAAGCCGGAACAGCUGUUGGCGGUAAGCCCACCCCUCCCUGCAGCUCUUCAGCUGAACUUACCGUGGCAGUGGACGGCAGCUGUGUGAGUAGUGAGCCUGCUACAUGGCCAGACAGUGGGCCUGCAGAGCAGCCAGGGCUGGGGGAGCUGGGACCCAGGCACAGCCGGGUGGCCCCCACGGAAGGCAGCAGUGACAUGAACCAGAACUGGGUUUUCAGCCACGUGACAGAGGUGAACAGAGAAGAGACCCGUACACUCCAGGCUACCUCAGACAUGGGCCUGGCCAUGCAGCAGCAGGAGGGAGCCACCAAUGCCUUCUACACCUUCUCAUCCAUGGCCCGGGUCCGAAUGGAAGAGAACUUCAUACAGAAGGCAGAGGGGCUGGGGCCUCAGCUGAAGGGCAAGGUAUAUGACUACUAUGUGGAAUCCACUUCCCAGGCCACAUCCAAGCUGGCCUCCGGGACAGCAGCUCUGGCUGGACCUCCCUCCCCUAGGCCAGCAUCAGAGCCCCUGGGAACAGGGGCAUCCUCCAGAGGCCAAGCUGGUGACACAGAAGAUGGAGCCAGAGCAGCCGCCUCCCCACGGUCACCCUCAGCAUGUGGCUUCAGCAGGAAGGAAAGUCUCCUGCAGAUCGCAGAGAACCCAGAACUCCAGCUCCAGCCCGACAGUUUUGGGGAACCUGCUGCAGCCCACCCAGACCAGCAAACCCUGCCCAGUGCAUCCGGGUGCAGCAGGGAACUCCAUGUACAACUGGAGGACAGGACCAAUGUCUUCCACAUCCCCCUGAGCCCCGCUUCCACCCUGGACAUCUGCCUGGAUCUGGGCAAUUGCUAUGAGGUGCUGACCUUGGCCAAGAAGCAGGACCUGGAAGCCCUCAAGGAGGCGGCCUACAAGGUGAUGAGUGACAACUACCUGCAGGUGCUCCGCAGCCCGGACAUCUACGGGUGCCUGAGUGGUGCAGAACGGGAGCUGAUCCUCCAGCGAAGGCUUCUUGGCCGAAAGUGCCUGGUGGUCGCCGACAUGUGCCCUCAGGAGGACUGUGGCCGCCUCUGUUGCUAUGACAAUGAGCAAGAUGCCUGGUACCCAUUGGCCCAGCUGCCACCUGAGGCUGUGUCCCGCGGAUGUUCUGCCUGCAGCCUCUUCAAUUAUCUCUUUGUGGUGUCUGGCUGCCAGGGGCCUGGGCACCAGCCGUCUAACCGCGUCUUCUGCUACAAUCCCCUGACAGGGAUCUGGAGCGAGGUGAGUUCGCUGAACCAGGCCCGGCCUCACUGCCAGCUGGUAGCGCUGGAUGGCCACCUGUACGCCAUUGGGGGAGAGUGUCUGAACACCGUGGAGCGCUACGACCCUCGCCUGGACCACUGGACCUUCGCCCCGCCUCUCCCCAAUGACACGUUUGCCCUGGCGCACACGGCCACGGUGUGUGCCGACGAGAUCUUUGUCACAGGCGGCACGCUGCGCUACCUGCUGCUCCGUUUCUCGGCCCAGGAUCAGCGCUGGUGGGCCAGCCCCACAGGCGGCAGCAAGGACCGCACGGCCGAGAUGGUGGCAGUCAACGGCUUCCUGUACCGCUUUGACCUGAACCGGAGCCUGGGCAUCAGCGUGUACCGCUGCAGAGCCAGCACGCGGCUCUGGUACGAGUGCGCCACCUUCCGGACGCCUUACCCGGACGCCUUCCAGUGCGCGGUGGUGGACACCCGCAUCUACUGCGUGGGGCGCCACCGCACGCUCUGCUUCCUGGCUGACCACGUCUCACCCAGGUUUGUGCCCAAGGAGCUUCAGCACUUCCCCUCCCCCCAGGGCACCCUCCUGCCCACUGUCCUGACCCUGCCUGGCCCCACAGUGCAGCAGACCAGGGUCUAGCACCCAAUCUGCAGGCUCCCCAUGACAACCAGAAGGCAGAGCCCCACCCCUGCCUAUUGCUCCAGGAACGCAGAAAUUUAGCCAUAAAGAGAAGAAUUCUAACCCCACCUCCUGUGGCUUCAGGAUCUCAGAUGUGUUCUUCUGCUCUGGGGGCUGCUGAGAUCUGCUUCACAGAAAGAAUAGUAAAGCUAGGGAUCAGUUUUCCAAGGCAGAAAGCAUUGCAUCUGCAGGAAUGACCACCAUCUUGCUCCAGAUCUGAAGUCUUGGGGCCUACGCCAGGACCCCCUCAAAGCUUAGAGCAAUGCCUUACUCAACCACAGCUCUAGGUACCCUCAGAGGGCCCUUCAAGCUAUUCCCUCUGGAGAUGGGCUGGGCCCCGUGAGCCUCCCAUGCCUCUUCUUAAACAUGAGUCACUGGACUCACUCUUUAACAUACCCAGAAGCACUGGGGUACAGGGAGGAACAUUCAAAGGAAGUGGUUUGAGCAGAACUGGAAAGAGCUGGGGCUUCUGCGGAAGGAGAGAGGGUUGAAGCUGUUGACCGGCUGAAGUUGAAGGUGCCCACCAGUCGCUCUUGUCUGCAGAGUAAAUUUGUCCAGCCCCAUUUUUUUUUUUUUCUUGUUCACUGGAACUCUGUUCCCUGGGAGGAAGGAGAAACUGGCCAUCUUCCCAUAGAGAUUUACUCACAAUAGGAUGGAUUCUGUAAACUAUGAAGUCUCAGGAAGGGAGGGCCUGGUGUGACCCAAGACCACCUUCUUCCCAGUCCCCUGCCCACAUACACUGCUCCCUGACCCUAGCAUUCUUGCCCCAGACCUCAGGAUCCUUUCAGGAGACCAGCCUCUGUCUAGAAGCAAAGAAGCCAUUCCCUGUCAGCUGGGGAGAGGGCAUAGCAGGACUGGAUCCCAGUGCAGCAUGGGAUCACCCCAUUAGGCUCUCCAGUCAAGGGCAGACCAGGGAGGGGCUGAUCCAUCAUAUGGCUGUAGCACUGGACGACUCCACUGGAGCAUCCAGGGACUCCUUUCACAUCAGGUUUGGUAAAUUCUGCAGUGGAGGAGACCAGCCUCGGGAAGGUAUGCAUUCUUCCUGGAAGGAAGGGAGCAGGGUAGGUCCAUUCUACCCCCAUAGCCCUUAUUCUCUCUGCAAGGGGCAAAGAUCUUGACGUCAGCCUGAAGCAGAGACAUGGCACAGGACCUGGCAUAGGAGAAGAUAGCAAUGCUUUGGACCUCAGUGUUCCUGCAGAUGCUGGGCCCAGGCUGGGAUCUUUGGAGAAGAAGCAGAAUUAAAGCACAGCAUGAGAAAGUUGUUGGUAUGGAGAUGAAAAGAGAGCUCUUAUUGAACCACACAAGGCCGCCGCCCCUAGUCUAGGGCAUGGGAAGACGAGACAGCUCACUGUAUUCCUAGAUUAGAUGCUGGGAAGGAAAGCCAGCUAGGACCAUGGCUGGCCCCGGGGAGAGAAACACUCAGGCAUGGGCCUUCGAGGAUGGGGCAGGAAGGAUGCUGUCAGUGAGGAGAGGCAAAGGAGACCGUGACAUUUUGAUCCCAGGUGGGAGCGGGUGAGCUUGGAGGCCAAGUCCGUCCGGAAGUUAGAGCAGCUGAACCCAGGCCCUGGUUUGGAGCAGGUGAAGGAAAAGAUGGAUAAAGUUCAGGAAAGUUCCCAGACCCAGGAAGGACAAAGGAUCAUUCUAGGGACACAUUUGGAAGCACACUGCAUGCCUUUGGUGGGGACCAGGGAGAUGAUUGCCAGGGGAAGGCAGCAUUUGUUCCAGCUCCCAGUUAUGAUGGUCAUAAUGAAGGGGAAACCUGAGACCAGACUGGCUUAGAUGAGAGGUACGCAAUACAGCUAAUCCACCUCUCUUCCAGUCCCAUGGCAGGCAUCACUAAUCGAUGCCCUAUUUUUUCCAGAAGAGUCCUUAUGAUGGCUUCAAACUAUUCCCAUCCAAUGUUCCAGCAGUCCCAGUCCCAAGAGAUCAGAGCUGGUGUACUCAUCACCACUGAUGUGGGUCUCUGGAGCUAGUUUUAGGAAUGGAGAUGUUCAGGACAUCACGGUGAAGCAAGGUAGCUCUGGGAACCUAAGAUGAUCCUCCGGGGGCAUAAUGCCAGGAUCCACUCACUCACUGGUAAAACAAGCAUGUAUAGACUAUUGGGCCAGGCACUGUACUAGGGACUGGUGACAUCAGCAGAUCUCUGCCUAGUGGAGGGAAAUGAGCAAUUUUAUAAAAACAAACAAACAUAACAAAGAAAGCUUGGAGCCCGGGUCGCAUGAAUGCCAAGAGGAAAGGCUGAGGGAAGGGACAGCUCUUUCCAACUGUGUGAUCAGCCUCCUCGAUAGGGUGGAAUGUGAGUGGGGACCCCAGUGGAAACCUGGGAGAUGCACAAGCCGGCAAGGGGGAGGCCCACUCUUGCCACACCACGCCAGAUGGAGAGGACCGGGCUGCCUCCCUGCUGCACCAUCUUGGGGUAAAGGAGAGGCCCAGCUAUUCUGAAGGUGCCUUGGUACAAGGGAAAGAAUUCGACCCCACCAACACUUACAAAACGGACCUCUGGCAUGGAACAAGCUGCGUCCCCUAAGAGAGAAGCGGAGUUUGCACAUUUAGGGGUGAGAGUCGACGGAACACCAGGACCCUGCAGGUGUCACACCCCGUGUGCAACUGGGUAGCAGUGUGAGGGUGUCUUUUCCUAGGACGAGUCUAGGAUUUCCAGCUGGCCUUGUUUAAUAGCCUCAGGUCUCUUACCACACUCGUACCAAAGCCACAGUCGGCGUCUUGGAGAAGGGUGACCUCUAUCACUUGGCUUUCUGUGGAUCAACUGUCUUGCGUUUUUAAUAGGCGCUCUUCUUUAGGAAAACAAAAAUAAUUAAGUCUGAAUCGCCUUCGAAUUUAAGCCAGCCUUGCCUGGCAUCGAAAAGAAAAUUGGAAAAUUGAGAAAAGUAUAUUAAAGAAAAAGAAAAAAAAAAAACCUCUUCAUUUUUGCCACCCAAAGACGUCCCCUCCCGUGGCGCGCGCCUCUCCCCCUUCUUCUGGGCGGCUUUUGUUCAGCUCGAUUUUUGCAUAGGUGUGAUUAUGCUGAGUGUACAGUUCAGCUGCUUCCUUUCUUCACGUAGCAUUUUAGAAUAAGCAUUUUCCUGUGUUAUUACAAACCCUCGGUAAACAUCAUUUCGAUAGCUGCGCAAUAUUCUGCCGAGAGAAUGUAUCACGGUUUAUUUAAGCAUCCUCCUCCUCCUCCUCCCCCCACCCCCUUUGGGCCUGUGGAUAUUUUUCCCGGCUGGUUUCUUUUUGUAUCAUAAAUAAAAUGUCCUUUGUUUUCUUGUCUC